AUGGCCGACGACAACGGUAAACUGGUCCUCGUCACGGGCGGCUCCGGCUUCAUCGCCCUGCACGUCAUCCACAAGCUCCUGGAGAAGAACUACCGCGUGCGUGCCACGGUGCGCUCGCUCAAGCGCGGCGACGACGUGCGCGCGGCCAUCCGCUCGGCGGGCGUCCCCGCCGCCCAGGCCGACGCCCUCGAGUUCACCGAGGUCGACCUCCUCGGCGAGGCCGGCUGGGACGCGGCCUGCGCGGGCGUCGACUACGUCCUGCACGUCGCGUCGCCGUUUCCCGCCAGCGAGCCCAAGGACGAGAACGAGCUGAUCCGGCCGGCGCGCGAGGGCACGCUGCGGGCGCUGCGCGCCGCGAAAAAGGCCGGCACCGUGAGGCGCGUCGUCGUGACGUCGUCGGUCGCCUCCAUCAUGUACGGCCACGGCCCGCGCGGCAAGGACCAGCCGUUUACGGAGAAGGACUGGACGGAGCUGGAGCACCCCAGGUCGCACGUCGGCGCGUACCCCAAGAGCAAGACGCUCGCCGAGCGCGCGGCGUGGGACUGGCUCGCGGGCGACGAGGGCAAGGGCGCGUUUGAGCUGACGACGGUGAACCCCGUCGUCGUGUACGGGCCGUCGCUCGGCAGGGGCGUCAACACGAGCCUCGAGAUCCCGCGGCGCCUGCUGAGCGGCGAGAUGCCCGCCAUCCCCGACAUCAGCCUCGGCGUCGUCGACGUCCGCGACGUGGCCGACCUGCACGUGCUGGCGCUCGAGUCGCCGCGCGCCGCGGGCCAGCGCUACAUUGCCGUCUCGGACGAGCCGUCCGUGUCGAUGAAGCAGAUGGCCGCGGACCUCAAGGCGGGCCUGCCCGCCGAGGACACGAAAAAGGUGCCGAGCCUCGGCGCGCCCAAGUUCCUGAUGCGCCUCGCGGGACUCUUUGACAGCAGCAUCGCCGUAGUGCUGCCCGAGAUUGGCGUCGUCCGGCCCGUGUCCAACGCAAAGGCCAAGGAGGAGCUGGGCUGGCGGCCGCGCAGCGCGGCCGAGGCGCUGGUGGCGAGCGCAAAGAGCCUCAAGGCCAACGGCGAGCUUUGA